AAAGAGAGCAGAGCAGCACUCCAGGGUCUGUGAGCUGUGAGAUACAUUUAAAAGGGAAGUAACCGUUUCAGUAGAGCAACGAGACACAGAGAGAGAGAGAGAGAGAGAGAGAGAGAGAGAGAUAGAGAGGAGGAUAGAGCUUCUCACCAUGCUGUAGAGCAUCCAUGUCUCUAAUCUAGUUUAUAAAGGAUCCUGAUAGGAACUCGGGGAGAGAAAUGUGUUUUAUAUUCUCACAGAUUUAACUCAGUGUGUUAUUUUGGAUUAUGCAUAUCUGUGUUUUCCACUGCACUGGAUCUGGAUGCAGGAUCUAGCCAGCCCAGAACUGCAGCAAGUCAGCUGGUUUUAUCCAUUUACCCCAUAGGGCUUUUUCCUCCCUUUUUCUCUUCUUUUUGUUUGAAUAGCGAAGAUGAGCAAGAGGCAGUCGGUCAGCUGCACAGUGAGCACAGGGGAGCAGGAGGACACACAGAACAGUACAGGCAUUUUGAAAUAGAAAUAGAAAAGGAGGAGAGGAAGAGGAGGAGGAAGAGGGUCUGUGUUGUGUGGCAGAGUUGUGGUGUGUUCCCUGCUCAGUGCCUAGCAGUAACAUGGCUGUGAUACAGAAGAAGGAACACAGGGAGACCCCCAGCAAGAAGACAGCACCCCAAGAAGACAGAAAGGGUCUUUCUACCAGAGAUACUCUAGACAAGCAGAAAAAGGAGAGCAGAGCCGGGAGACGGGGAGAAAAAGGCAAUGAAGACAUAAAGCCCAAUAAAUCAGAGAAGAGGAGAGCAGUCAUCUGUGUCCCUGCCUCCAUCAAAUCAGCUGUGAUCAGUAACAACACAACCAGUCCUGUAAACGCAGCAGGGCCACAGGCGCUGAAGGUUGAUGACAGGCUGAGACUAGCGAAGGAGCGGAGGGAGGAGCAUGAGAAUCAGCUUGUGUCCAGAGAGCUGGGCUGGUUGGCUCGAGAGGAGCGGGCCAGGCGUCUUUAUGAGCAGCAGCUGGAGGUGAGGAAGAGGAGGCUACAGGAGCAGAGAGAGAAGGAGGAGAAGCGAAGGACAGCUCUUGAGCGGAGGGAGGAGCUUAAGAAACAGCUUGUGUCCAGAGAGCUGGGCCGGUUGGCUCGAGAGGAGCGGGCCAGGCGUCUCCAUGAACAGCACCUGGAGGAAAGGAAGAGGAGGCUGCAGGAGCAGAGAGAGAAGGAGGAAAGGAGGCGCACUGCCGUGGAGGAGAAGAGGAGGCAGAGGAUGAAGGAGGAGACAGAGCGCUAUGAGUCUGUGGUGAAGAAGACCUUAGAGAAGUGCCAGAGGGCCAAACAGAGACUGAGCCAGGGCUCUCGAGGAAGGAAGACCAACAACAAGAGCGCUACUCGCAGCUCUCCCCUGACUGCCUGGGAGAGGGCUCUGGUCUGUCGCCUCCUCACCCCAACAUGCUCCUACCUAGCCAGGAGAAGGAGUCAUAGUUGUCAGUCAAGAGAAGAGGAAGUUGUCCAUGUUUGUCCUCGUUCAGCUUCAUGCCACUCCAUACCUGCCACUGCCACCAACUGUCAUAAAUCACCACACCGCUCUGGCACACCUGACCACCACCGGGUACAGGAAGGCCUUCAGGCAGACUACCGCUCUGGCACACCUGACCACCACCGGGUACAGGCAGGUCUUCAGGCAGACUACCGCUCUGGCACACCUGACCACCACCGGGUGCAGGCAGGCCUCCAGGCAGACUACCGCUCUGGCACACCUGACCACCACCGGGUGCAGGCAGGCCUCCAGGCAGACUACCGCUCUGGCACACCUGACCACCACCGGGUGCAGGCAGGCCUCCAGGCAGACUACCGCUCUGGCACACCUGACCACCACCGGGUGCAGGCAGGCCUUCAAGCAGAUUACCGCUCUGGCACACCUGACCACCACCGGGUGCAGGCAGACUUCCAGGCAAAUCUCCGGGCAGACUACCGGUCCAACAUCUGGGCAAACUACCAGUUAAAUGCAGCACAGCAGAAGGAGAGUGAGAGGACGUUCAGGAGGAAUAGACAGCAGCCUCACAUACCCAAUGCUCCCGUGAAAGUGUUAUCCACAAACAUACAGAGCAGAGAUGCAGUGCCCUCUCCAGAACGUAAACCUGUGAUCAGACACAAACAUGUGAUUAGACAGCCUCCAUCACAGCAGGUUGGGCUGGAACUGUACCCUGUUCCGGAGGAGGAUGGUCCUCCAGUCUCCAACCAAACCCUGUCCCCUGGGAACUCACGGCCCAGCCGGACCAUCUCUCCUUGGGCUCCAGUCCCCAAUCACACCCUCUCCCCCGGGAACUCACAACCAAUCAGGAUCUCAGCAGCAGCAUGGGACCAGGUCCAACCAUUCGUAGGCUCAGCAGAACCUCAGACAGUCCCCACACCUAGAACUGAGGGCGAUACAGGCCCCCUUCCUGGAGCCGCCUCCUGCCCCAGGCCAUCUGCUGGCACCAUGGAUCCAGAGGAGGCCUCAUGUCUUCUGGCCGAGAAGAGAAGAGAGGCCCGUCUGAGGAGAGAGAGAGAGGAGGAGAAUAGCCUGCGCAGGGUGGAGGUAGAAAGCAGAGGCAGAGAGGAGCUGGAGCGCAGGAGGGCAGAGGAGCGAGUACGGCUCGAGGCUGAGGCCCAGUGGCUGGUAGAGAGGAGGGAGGAAGAGGAGCGGAGACAUGCAGAGGAGGAGAGAGCCAUCCCGGCCACACAGGAAGCUGCUCUCCUCCAGAAACAGAGAGAGGAGGAGGAGGCCCAGGCCAGGGACAAGGCAGAGCAGCAGAGGCUGCAGAGAGAGAAGCACUUCCAGAAGGAGGAGGAACAACGGCAGGAGAGGAAAAAGCGACUGGAGUUGAUCAUGAGGCGGACUAGGAAGACCUCAACUGAAGACAAAAAAACGCCUGCCCUGAAUGGGAAGACAAACAGAAACCCCUCUCCAGAGGAAGCCCAACCAAAAAAGAACACUGAGCCUGUGAAGAACGGCAACGGCACUUUAGAAGAGGUCAACCUAGGGGUCGAGACGGGGACCAAUCUAGGUCUGAGUGGCGUGGAAGACAACAUGGUUCCUGUCGUGGCCUUCAAAGAACGCAGGUCCCUGCUAACUCUGACCGGCAUGGAGGAGAUCCAGGCCCAUCAGAGGGCAGGUGAGAGCUCAUCACCACAUCCUCCGUCAGCUCAUCUAUACUCUCUAUGCUAUGUAGAUAUUACACUAGAGUCUUGAACACUAGAGCCCCCUCAAAAGUCCAAGAUUUCUACCGCCAAGAGGUUAUGGGCUCUCAAUAUUCAAUGUGUGAUUCGAACCCGGAAGCAGAUUACAUAGUUACGGUCUCUCAAUCAUUUCUUUGCAUGUGUCUCUAAGUCUAAGAUACUAAUGUGAAUCAAGGGAUUUUAUGUUAUUAACCCAUUUCUAUCACAUACUCCUUAGAAGUUAUCUGAGUAUCGUACAGAUCAGAGGGGAGACAACCCAUCCACGAAUAUUUCCACAGCUGUGGCGUUUUUUCCCUUUUUUUGACAAAGAAAGGAAUAACUGCAGCCUUUUUCCUGCCCUGCACUUUUAGAGAGAGUAUGUGAUGAGAAACAAACAUUUCUCUGGUGGACUUUCUGAUCUCGAAGGAGCACACCACCAUUUGGUCACACUUUAAUUUCAUCCAAAAUGGCACGAGCUGCAUUUGUCAUCACCAUCUACAACACUAGACAGGGGAGCUUGUUUGUCAUUGCAACAACUCUGAACAAUGUUUUAUCUAGUCUGUAAAUAAGGGUCCAUGCCUCAUAGCUGCAGAUUUAAACGGAUUAAAUGAGUAGUUGGAUAUAAUGGGCGUUAGAUACACAAUUUAUUAAUAAAAAUAUGUAUUCUGUCAAUACAUUUUUAACUGUAUUGGCACUGAAUGUCUCCCAAUCAUGACUGAUGUUUUUAGCCAUGUGCUUGAGCUUUUCCUAACUAUGCUGCUAUUUGAGCACUUUGCCUUCCAGUUAGUAGGAUAGUGGUGUGCUAGUUUCAGAGCAAAAGCCUUUGUUUUGAGUUCAAAUAAAGGCCACUUUCUGACUAUAAUCUAAUAAUAUUUCUCAAAGCUGCUAUGGAACUUGUGUGGUUUGUCGUUUUAGAGAACUAUACUCACUUGAGGGUUGACCACUUCCAAAGUAUUUUGGCAGUUCCUUACUUGGAAAUUGUCCAAUCAUUUUAGAAAACAAAUAAGAGUCUGAAGUGUAAAAUGUAAGUCUGUCUUUUAAAGUGUAAAAACAAAUAAAGCAAUGCACUGAUAAAACUA